AUGAUCGUCUCCUCCGUCCUCCUCGCACCUCCUUCCCCCUUUCUCCGAAACCCUAACCCUAACCCUAACCCUAACCCUAGCUCCCCAAUCCCUCCCAAACCCCACCGCCUCCCCAGACCCCCAUCCUCUCAAUCCCCCUCCUCCACCGCCCCCCUCCUCCCCAAAUCCCUACUGCUAUCUCUGAUCUCCGACCAAGACCGCGGGAUCAAGACCCAAUCCAACCCUUCCAAGCGCGCCGAGAUCAUCCAGGCUAUCGAAGACCUCGCCGUCCUCAGCGCCGGCACCAUCACCACCGGCCCUGCCCUCUCCGCAACCUGGCGGAUGCUGUGGACCACCGAGAAGGAGCAGCUCUUCAUCAUCAAGAAUGCCGGCCUUUUUGGAACCGCCGCCGGGGACGUUCUCCAGGUCAUCGAUGUCGGCAAUGGUGUCUUGAAUAAUGUCAUCACGUUCCCGCCUGAUGGGGUUUUCUUUGUUCGGUCCUCCAUUGAUCCUGCGCCCCCUCAGAGAGUGAACUUUAAAUUCACCAGUGCUGUUCUGCGGGGAAGUAAUUGGGAGAUCCCAUUGCCACCGUUCGGGCAAGGAUGGUUUGAGUCAGUAUACAUGGAUGAUGAGAUUCGAGUUGCUAAAGACAUUAGAGGUGACUAUUUGGUUGUAGAUCGUGCUCCUUAUAGUUGGAAAGAAUGAAAUAUUGGAUGAGAUGAGGUGGCUUGGUAGGAUGGGUGUGGCAUUUCAUGCUCAGUUGCUUCAGUUAUGUACUCCUCAUUUCUCAUUGUGCUGAUGCAUGUUGAUGCUUGAUGUGUUUGAGAUUAUAGUGAAAACUUGAAUAAAAUAAUCUGAUGACAGGAUUGGCAUUGUGAGCUUGAUGUAGACUUGCAACAGUUGCAGUGCAUAAAUAUGCUUGGAUCUGCCAGAAUUCUUGAAAUUUCCAUCGGAGAUCUUUCAGACAACUGUACAUUGUCUUGUAUCAACCUUAGAAACCAAGCGGAAGCCUUGUAUGCAGUAAUUAGUUCAGUAGCAGUCAGGUCAUUGUUGAGGUAAAUGAAUACAUAAGCUUUUAUUGUUCAUUGAUGUCGUCAUGGUUCCUCACUUCUGAAAGAGAUGUUCCAUAUGUUAGAAGUGGAGGAUAUUCUGUUAAGUUUUCAACCUGUCUUCCAAAUCUAGUUGUGUAGUAUUGUAAAUCAGUUGUUCAAGAGAUUCUUCUGCAAUCAAUACAAUGAUCUGGGGCUUUAGAUUUUAAUCA